GAGCGUUCAAAACACAGCCUGCCCUCAGUCCUCCCAGUCUCUGCUUCCUGCCUCUCUUUUUUUUGUUGCGCUUAUUUUCUUACCACCACCGCAGUUAUUUGGAUUAAUUCGCGCUUUUUUUUUUUGUGGUUUUAUUUGCUCUUUUUUUAUAUAUAUAUAUAUAUAAUGCGGCUGCUCUCCCUACACUCACUCCAAAACACAUUUCCCUCCGAGAUUGUGUUCUCCAACAGCAUCCGACUGUUGUUUGUUUCUUUGCUGAUUUUGCUGAAUAUGGACUAAUUGGAGAAAAAAAAAAAAAACACAACAACAACCGUAUAAAUGCACCUGCCGUCGUGGGGAUCUCCUGUUUUUGAAAUCAUAGAGGUGUGUGUGCCCUGGGUGCAGCCUGGCCUGUGCCACGGUCGCAAUGAAGAACCCAGGAGCUGUGGAGAGCGGUCGCCUGGUCAUCCUGCUGGAGGCCGCUCUGGUGAGGGAGGCUCGCCUAUGGAAGGUGCCUGUCUUCAAGAAUGGAUGCAUCCAGGGCGCUGACAUCUCUUCAUCCCAACACCAAGAAAUGAUCCUUUGGCUCGGCGAGAUGAGCAGGCUGUUCCAGUUCAGUCCAGAGACCUUUGCACUGGGAGUCUGUGUCCUGAACCGACUGCUGUCCACUGUCAAGGCCCAACCAAAAUACCUGAAAUGCAUUGCUUUUACCUCAUUGGUCCUGGCUGCCAAAAUCAAUGAGGAAGAUGAGGUAAUAGGCUCUGUUAAAGACCUGGUUGUGCAGAGCGGAUGCAACUUUUCAACAGCGGAGAUUCUUCGCAUGGAGAGGAUCAUUCUAGACAAGCUGCACUGGGACUUGUACACCGCGACACCGGUCGAUUUCAUUCACAUAUUCCACGCCCUGCUCGUCUCCUGCCACCCGCACCUCAUUCCGUCCAUCGGGCUCGGCUCCGGCGUCGGCUGGGACUCUGCAACAGACCCCGGUGUGCAUCCCGCUGGGCCGGGGCAUCAGAAGAGGCCUUCAGGUUUCCAGGCGGCGCUGUGGACCAGGCAGGUGCAGCACUGUAUGGCCUGCCACCAGCUUUGGCAGUUCAAGGGCUCCACGUUGGCCUUGGCCAUCAUCACUUUGGAGCUGGAGUUGGUCACGCCCGACUGGUUCUCCGUCUUCACUGAUCUGCUGAAGAGAGCACAAGUCGAUAGCGUCGAGUUCAUCCACUGCAAAGAGAUCGUGGACGAGUACCUACACAGCCUGGAGUUCUCCCUGCCGGCCAACGCCGUCUACAUCUUCGACAGUGCCCAGAUCCAGGACGAAGAGCGAGCCUGGAGCCCCACUCAGCGCCUCAGGCAGGCCAGGAGGGGGCGUGGCAUCUGCGAGCAGGGCGACUGUGACGAGUAUUAUGACGGUUUUAGGUGCUUGUACAAUGAGGAGACGGCUUUAGGGGCGGAGGGAAUCGAUGCCGUGGGUCUGCAGAAAAACGUCUCACCCUGCCCACCUCUGCACCCCGCUGUCAACUAGUCGGACAUUUCUUCACACCGCCCACCUCUUACAAGUGCACAGUGGUCCCAUGUCACAGCGAGAAUGUUACAAGUAUUGUAAUUCAGCACCUUUUCAAGUAAUUUAGCCUUAUUCAUUCAAGUUUCAAGGGGCACUGAAGUAACGGACUUACUCACCUGCCAUAACAUUUCAGGAUUCAUAUGAAAGAUUUAAGAAAAGAUUUAAGAAAAUGACCUGCCUGAGGUCAGAUUUAGAUAUCGUUUUAGUCUCUUCUGUGCACUUGUUCAUGCCAAAAUGUGAAUCUGGAGGUGUGCAUGUGUCAGUGUCGGAGUUCACCUCUUACUCUGAUGCCACAACUUGUUCUGUGUUGACAGCCUGGCAGCCAAGAAGAAAAAUCAUCAAGCCGAACUGAGAUGUUUCUCUUUGGCUCAGAGUUUUUGGUCCAUUUAAGUUCUCUACUUCUUUGUUUCUCCAUUUUUAAACCUACCUGUCCUUUACAUCCUCCACCAGUUUUGUUGAACAGGUUGGAGGUGAAGGAAGAAUAAGACAGUUGAGUGUGUGUUUUUUUUUUUUUAAUGAGUGUGGUUGAGGCCAAGAAUGGCUCUUUUUUUUUUUAUGUUUGAGAGUUAAUCAUGAUUUUGUUUGUGAGAGGUAUGUUGGUGCUCAGGUUCCCCGCAGAGCCACAUAGCACUUUGAGAUUAAGACUUUUUUUAAUGCAAAUAAUUCUAUUUUUUCACAACUUUUUUUAAUUAUUACUUUAAUCUUCUACUUACUUGUAUUAAACAUUUGUGCUGUGUUUGUUUUAGUUAUUUACAGAAUGGAGCAGACUUUGAUCGUCGUUCUUUCGCUCUAGGCUGCUGAAAUGUUACUUUUAAUGUGAACUGGUUACUCUGUUCUCUGAAAUCUGCUUCGAUUCAUCUAGUCAAGCUGGAUGCGACACCAGUGACCAAUGUAAAGAUUUUAUUUUGUUUUAUAUUCCUCCAUUUACUGAGGCAGCUAUAUCUUGUCUGGUCAACCACAGAAAUAAAGCUAUGACUUCAAAAGUCUAA